AUGUUGAGGAUUGCUGUUUUUGUCCUAAGCUUUAUUUGUCUCGUCAAUGGGGAUCUACUUGAGGCUGAUCAAGAUGUUAGUGUGCCUGAGGACUGGAUCCUUGUUGAAAUGGUUAGACCUUUGGAAGAAGUAGAGCUCACAUUUGCGCUGAAGCAGCAGAAUGUGGAUCAGUUAAAAGAGCUACUGAAACUAGUGUCAGACCCAGAUACACAACAAUAUGGGACGUUUCUGAGCUUGGAAGAAAUCGCUGCUCUUGUGCAGCCAUCUCAGCUGACCGAGAAAGUCAUGCAGAACUGGCUUCAGAGUAAUGGGGUCAAAAACUGUCACACGGUCGUAACUCUGGACUUUCUUCAAGUAGCAGAAACAUUACUCCCUGGCACUACAUUUCACCACUACAGGAGAGAUGGACACACACAAUUUUUUGACUUGGCUGAGUUUAUGAGUCUAUUUGCUGGGGGAUUCAUUCAGCAGGUCGUGGGCAUUAACAGAGGUGGUAAAGCUGGCAUUGAAGCCAGUCUGGAUGUGGAAUACAUCAUAAGUAGUGGAGCAAACAUUUCUACAUGAGUCUUCACUAAUACAGGUUGUCAUGAGUCCCAGGAGCCAUUCCUUCAGUGGAUGCUGCUCCUCAGCAACAUGUCUGCUGUGGCUUGGGUCCACACCAUCAGAUUUGGAGAUGAUGAGGACAGCUUUUCUGCUGCCUAUUUGAACCGCAUCAACGUUAAGUUCAUGAAGACUGGCCUCAGAGGGAUCUCCAUGUGUUUUGCUUCUGCUCCACAGACAUAUUUCAAAAACACUGGAAGCGCUUACCCAGACUUGGCUGCACUCUCAGACAAUUACUGGGUUAUCAGUAACCUUGUGCCCGUACCAUGGGUUUCUGGAACUUUGGCUUCAACUUCAGUAGUAGGAAGAGUACUUUCUUUUCUAAAUGACCAGCACAUGAAGGGCCUUCCUGCUUUAGGAUUCCUCAUCCCACGUCUUUACAAACUGCAAGGCAAAGGUCUUUAUGAUGUAACAGAAGGGUGUCACCUGAGUUGUCUAGAUGAUAAAGUUGAAGGGAAAGGUUUCUGUGCCGCCUCCUUGUGGGAUCCAGUGAUGGGAUGGGGAACACCAAACUACCCUGUUCUUCUUGCAGCUCUUAUGGGUUGA